CCCCGCCGCGGCCGGGCCUCCCUCCUCCUCCCGGAGCGCCUGGCGGGGCGCGGGGCCGAGGGGCCGCCGGGGGGCUGCGGGCGGGGGGCGUCCUGCGGGCCGGGGGGCGCCGGCGGCCGGGCAGGGGCGAGGGGCUCCGGCUUUCUCACCUCCUGCUGUAGAUUGCACCCCAGAAACAGCCCAGCCAUCAGCUCCUGGGAUGAGUCGCUCAGUUCUGGUCCGGAACCCUGGCCACCGAGGCCGUCGGCCUGCUUACGACGACGACGACGAAGUACUUGACUCCGAUCCAGAAGACCCCGGGGACCCCACUCCCAACCACCCUGUCUUAGAAGACCCUCCUGAAGGCCUCUCCUCCAACUCCAAAGAUGCACCCCCCAGCUAUGACAACCAGGACCCUGUCACCGCAUCACCGGAUCCCUCUGCACUUGGGGAAGCUCCGAGCUCCAUGACGGCCUCCCCAGAACCCUUGGACCCCCCGGAUACCGAUCCAGACGACCCGGAUCCCGACGUGAUCGGGCCUGUGCCCUUGAUCCUCGAUCCCGACCUGGACACUCCCAGUGUGGAGCUGGACCCCGCCGAGGAGGCCUCCACCCCGGAGGUCCCUGCCGCCUCUGCUGAGGUCAACCAGCAGGUGCUGACCGCCCCGGCCAGCCCGCCCAGGCCGUUCUCCUGCCCGGAUUGCGGGAGGGCCUUCCGUCGCAGCUCGGGGUUGAGUCAGCACCGCCGUACCCACAGCGGCGAGAAGCCCUACCGCUGCCCAGAUUGUGGCAAAUCCUUUAGCCACGGGGCCACGUUGGCCCAGCACCGUGGCAUCCACACCGGGGCCCGGCCUUAUCAGUGUGCCGCCUGCGGCAAAGCCUUCGGCUGGAGAUCCACCCUGCUCAAACACCGCAGCAGUCACAGCGGGGAGAAGCCGCACCGCUGCCCCGUGUGCGGGAAGGCUUUCGGCCACGGCUCCUUGCUGGCCCAGCACCUGCGCACCCACGGCGGCCCGCGCCCUCACAAGUGCCCGGUGUGUGCCAAGGGCUUCGGCCAGGGCUCGGCGCUGCUCAAGCACUUACGCACUCACACCGGGGAGCGGCCCUACCCCUGCCCCCAGUGCGGGAAGGCCUUUGGGCAGAGCUCGGCUUUGCUCCAACACCAGCGUACCCACACGGCUGAGCGCCCCUACCGGUGCCCGCACUGUGCCAAGGCCUUCGGCCAGAGCUCCAACCUCCAGCAUCAUCUCCGCAUCCACACCGGGGAGCGGCCCUACGCCUGCCCUCACUGCUCCAAGGCCUUUGGCCAGAGCUCUGCCCUCCUCCAGCAUUUACACGUACACUCCGGGGAGCGCCCGUACCGCUGCCAGCUCUGUGGCAAGGCCUUCGGCCAGGCCUCCAGCCUCACCAAGCACAAGCGGGUGCACGACGGCGCCGCCAACCUGGCGCUGGGCACCGGGAGGGCUAGGAAAAGGUCUCCGCCUGCUGGCUUGGGGCCUCCGUCUGGGUCUACAGAACCGGAGCCCAGCCAGCCAGCCACCCUGCAAACCAGCGCUGAGAAUCCUGACCCCACUGGGUCCCCGCUCGCGGUCCGGCCAGCAAGCCCCGAGUGGGUACAAGAGCAAGGGGCCGUGCUGGGGCCCGACGGGUGAGGGCUGGCGCACUGGCAGCCCCUUUGAGAUGGGAGGAGCGAGCAGAGCAGGCUGGGGAAGUUAUGUGUCCUGCGGUUAUUAAAGCUACACAGCCUCUUAA